AGAGCAUAUAUCGUGCAACCUAGAAAUUAAAAGCACAACUGAAAAUGGCUCCAACAAACUCAGACAUUUGGGCUCAAUCAAUUAUGUGCAACGACAACAACAUGAGAAGAAGGUUCAAUGAUGAGCAGAUUAAGUCAUUAGAAAACAUGUUUGAGACAGAGUCAAGGCCUGAAUUGAGGACAAAACAGCAAUUGGCUAAAAGACUUGGCCUGCAGCCAAGACAAGUAGCUAUAUGGUUUCAGAACAAGAGAGCUAGAUCGAAAUCGAAGCAACUUGAAUUGGAGUAUAGAAUGCUUCAAAUCAGUUAUGACAACUUAGGUUCCAAGUAUGAAUUACUGAAAAAAGAGCAUGAAUCCCUCCUCAUCCAGCUGCAGAGACUUAGAAAGUUAAUGGAAAAGGAUGAGAUUGAGAAAGAUGUCAUUAAAUCAGAAACGGAAGUGAAACAAGAUGAUUUUGGCUUACCUUUGGCUUUGUGUGAAGACAGCAGGGGAAUUGACUACUUGGGACCAGAAUCUGAUAUUUUAGACAUGGCACAAAUAGCUGAUGGCUUAUCGGAGAUUGAAAAUGGAUACAACUUCGAGUCGAGAACGUUUCUUCAUGAUAAUACUGGUUGUACAUCACCAUUGUGGGAAUUUUAAUUAGUGUUGGAACUUUGCUGUCUGUUACAGAACCUUUUUGUCAGUACAACCUAAAAUGAAUGAUGAAUAAUGAGAUGUAAACAAUCAUAUAUAGCGAUUUCUUAAUAUGUACUGCCAAAACUCAUACUUGUAUCUACUAAAUUAAAGAUGGUUUAAGCAAAUAGGUCAAGAAAGCUCUGCAGUACUAAACAGGAAGCUAAGCAAGCUCUUAAUAAAAUCAGUAAAAUUCUCCUUA